ACAUCUAGGGUUUUAGACCCAAGAACUAUCAAAAACCCUGAAUAUGGCGACUCGUGUUCUCGUUCGCUCUCUCAUCUCCACAGCUAAUCAAACCUUAAUCUCUCGUUUCUAUACCAUCAGUUCCUCCUCCUCUAUUCUCCGCAUCCGCCCUCUUGUGGCUGUUGCCAACAAUCUCCGCCACGUCUCACUGGUUGCUACCGGGAUCCGUCCUUUUUCUACGAGUCUGACCAGAUCUUCUCUAAACGACUCGAAUCCUAAUUGGUCUAAUCGUCCCCCUAAGGAGACAAUCCUUCUUGAUGGCUGCGAUUUUGAACACUGGCUUGUUGUGGUUGACAAGCCUGAAGGCGAGCCUUCUAGAGAUGAGAUCAUUGACUCCUACAUCAAUACCUUAGCGAAAGUCAUUGGAAGCUAUGACGAAGCAAGAAUGAAGAUUUAUUCAGUUUCAACUAGAUGCUAUUAUGCUUUUGGAGCCCUUGUGCCUGAAGAAGACUCCUAUAAAUUAAAAGAGUUACCUGGUGUCCGUUGGGUGCUUCCUGAUUCAUAUUUGGAUGUCAAAAACAAAGAUUAUGGAGGGGAACCAUUUAUUGAUGGAAAGGCUGUUCCAUAUGAUCCAAAGUAUCAUGAGGAGUGGAUCAGAAACAAUUCUAAAGCUAAUGAAAGGAAUAGAAGAAAUGAUAGGCCUCGUAACUUUGAUAGGUCAAGAAACUUUGAUAGGAGAAGAGAAAACAUGCAGAACAACCGCCUACCACCCGGUGGGUCCAUGGGAGGAGCACCACCAUCACCACCACCGCCCCAUGGUGGUGGUGGUGGUGGUCAGUCUAAUUGGGGUCCUCCUCGUCCAAGUUACAACGGAGGACCACCAAACAUGGGUGGUGGGAUGCCGCCACCAAACAUGGGCGGACAAAAUUACCAGCAGCAGCCAAGGUAUGGAGGAGCAAAUGGCGGAGGUAUGGGUUAUCAAUCUGGAUCAGGGCCAAAUGUAGGUGGUGGAAACGCGUAUCAGAGUGAGGGUAUUCCUGGAAGAGACAUGCCUAUUUCACAGAACUAUCAGUGAGCAUAUAGUAGAUAUAUUGGAAUCUAAUUCAAUUUUGUUUUAAUUAAGUAGAAGACAUGUCUAGUAGUUCAUAAGAGGGUUAUAUUAUUGUGGUUUUAGUGCUUUUGAGAAUCAUACGUUGCUUAACUUAUUAUGUAUAGCUUUGUUCACCACUAAAGUUUUGUUGGUUUUGUUGAUCUUGCAUCUAUGUGUUUUCAAAUGGUG